AUGUCUAACUCUGAGCUCAUGAAGAACGGAAGCCUGCCCCUCUGCACUGAAUUUACGUUGGUGGCCUUUUCUUCUCUGGCAGAGCUGCAGCUUGUCCUCUUCUUCGUGUUCCUGGCUAUCUACUUGUUUACCUUGGGAGGAAACUUCAUCAUCGUCUGUGUGAUCUGGGCCACCUCUUCCCUGCACACUCCCAUGUACUUCUUCCUGACCAACCUCUCCUUUCUGGAGAUGUGCUACAUCAGCAGUGUGGUGCCUCAGAUGCUGGUGCACCUGCUGGUGCAGCCCAAGACCAUAAGUGUGGGAGGCUGUGCAGCUCAGAUGUAUGUAUUCACCAUCUUGGGGCUGACAGAAUGCUGCCUUCUGGCAGCCAUGGCUUACGAUCGCUUUGUGGCUAUUUGCUACCCACUGCAUUACACUCUGCAGAUGGGCCCUUCUGUCUGUUUGAAGUUGGCUGGGGCAUCUUGGAUGACUGGGAUCCUGGUAGAAUCAGCUCAGACCACCUGGAUCUUCACUCUUCCCUUCUGUGGAGCGGGAACGAUUCAGCACUUUUUUUGUGACAUCAUGCCUGUGGUGAAGCUAGCUUGUGUGGAUACUUCCCAGAAUGAAAUUGUGCUGUUUGUUGUUUCCCUGGUCUUCAUUAUGAGCCCCUGUGUCUUCAUUCUGUGCUCUUACAUCCGCAUUAUUCUAGCCAUCUUGAGAAUGCCCUCAGCAGCGGGAAGACACAAAGCUUUCUCCACCUGCUCUUCUCAUAUACUGGUUGUUUCUCUUUUCUAUGGCACCGCCUUGUUCACUUACCUGCAGCCCAAGAGUUUGCACACUCCAGACACUGACAAGGCUACUGCUCUCAUGUACACUGUGGUCACACCUGCUCUGAAUCCUGUUAUCUACACUUUGAGGAACAAGGAAGUGAAAGAAGCCUUUCAAAGGGUGACACAGAGGAAACUUUUUAGACAAAUAGACUAG